CGGUAGCUUAAGUUUGAGGGGAGCAGCACCAUAAAGCCCUGCAGAGAGAGUGAAAGACGAGUGGAGUCAGCAUGGCACAGAAAAGUAACUUUCAUUUCUCCAUCCGGGAAUACACACCGUCCGAUCGACUUGUGCUCAUGUCAUUCUUUCGUGAUGGGAUCAUGGAGCAUGUAUACCCGGCCUUCUUCAAAACCAUGAGCCACCCCGACCACAUAGGCAUUGCUCUGAGUAUUUCCAUGGCUGGCUAUGUGUUGGGUGGCAGCUCCUACUUCCAGGCUUUGCUCUUUGGCAGCGCAUGGGCUGGCCUCCUUUACUACUGCUGCCACGAGAUCUAUGAAGGCUACAUGAUGCGGUGGCUGUGCACAGAUAUGGCUGACAUUCAAACCAGCUAUCUGGAAAACCCAGAUAAUGGUUUCUGGGUGGCAGAGGCAGAUGUUAAAGGCCGGACCAAGGUAGUGGGGAUGUUGGCAGUGAUGGGGAGGAGGGGAAUGGAAGAAGCUGAGAGGUUUGAUGACUUGAAUGGAGGAUUGGCUGCAGGUGACUCAGAAUUUUUCCAAGAUGCUGGAGAUGGGAGUCAUGGCGAGAUGUUCCACAUGGUUGUGGCUUUCCCAUGGCGCCGCAAAAACGUUGGCUCUCUGCUGAUGCAGAAAGCCCUGGACUUCUGCAAAGAGCAAGGCUACACCCGGCUUGUCUUGGAUGUCAGCUCACCACAGACAGCAGCCAUUUCUCUGUGCCAGAAAUUUGGCUUUGUCAAAACUGCGACCCACAGUAACACACAUGCCAAUCGCUGGUUCUCCAAACUGGCCAGAAUAAAUGUGAUGCGAAUGGAGAAGUGUGUUUCACCCUAAAUGGACGUUAUACCUCAACUGUACAGCACAUUAACAAUAUUGCAGUUAAUUUAUGCUUCUUGUCUCAU